AUCUUCAUUUAGCUGCAGGCCUGCCCUCCUCCUCUCCCCUCUGCUGGAAUGAGUGCAUGAGGAUUAAGAAACAGGGCUGGACUAGAGGACCACAGGAUUGGGAUCAUCGGAGGGCUCGGGCAGGACUGGAUUAUUUUUUGAGAUGCCAGAUUGGACAGCAGCCUGUCUAAAGGAUCCACAGGCUGUUUUGCGUUGGUAACAGUGACUCAGUUAGAGUUGUAGACUUUAUAACAUAUCUGGAGUAAGAAACAAACCUUUUUUUUUUCUGCUGAACUGGGAGUACUGAGACCAUUGAGACUGGUGAUGAAGCUACUCAGCAGCAGAUAGAGGCUUUCUCUGUGCCUGAUGACCUCAGUCCAGAGGAGAGACAGGAGCUGGAAAGCAUCCGCCGCAGGAAACAAGAGCUACUGCAGGACAUACAAAGGCUGAAGGAUGAGAUAGCAGAGGUGACCAAUGAGAUUGAAAGCCUGGGCCUGACUGAAGAGAGGAAAAGCAUGCAGAGGAAUAAACAGAUGGCCAUGGGUCGAAAGAAGUUCAACAUGGACCCCAAGAAGGGGAUUCGCUUCUUGAUUGACAGCUCCCUGCUGAAGAAUACCAGCGAUGACAUCGCCCAGUUUCUCUACAAGGGCGAGGGCCUUAAUAAAACCGCUAUCGGCGACUACUUAGGGGAGAGAGAUGACUUCAACAUCGAGGUUCUGCACGCCUUCCUGGUGCUACACGAGUUCACAGACUUGAACCUGGUCCAGGCUCUCAGGCAGUUCCUGUGGAGCUUCAGGCUGCCCGGUGAGGCUCAGAAGAUCGACCGCAUGAUGGAGGCCUUCGCCCUGCGAUACUGUCGCUGUAACCCCGGAGUGUUUCAGAGCACAGAUACCUGUUAUGUGUUGUCGUUCGCUGUGAUCAUGUUGAACACCAGUCUUCACAACCCCAACGUGAAGGACAAACCGUCCGUUCAGAGAUUCACAGCGAUGAACAGAGGCAUCAACGACGGGGGAGACCUACCGGAGGAUUUACUCAGGAAUCUAUACGACAGCAUCAAGAAUGAACCCUUUAAGAUCCCAGAGGAUGAUGGGAACGACCUGACACACACCUUCUUCAACCCCGACAGAGAAGGAUGGCUGCUGAAACUCGGAGGUGGACGAGUUAAGACCUGGAAGAGACGCUGGUUUAUUCUCACAGAUAACUGCCUCUACUACUUUGAAUACACGACUGACAAAGAACCCAGAGGAAUUAUUCCACUGGAAAACCUGAAUAUCAGAGAAGUCGACGACUCCAAGAAACCGAACUGCUUCGAGCUCUUCAUCUCGGACCACAGAGAUCAGGUGAUCAAAGCCUGCAAGACGGAGGCCGACGGACGCGUCGUCGAGGGAAACCACACUUUUUACAGAAUCUCCGCCCCGACCGCAGAGGAGAAGGACGAGUGGAUCAACAGCAUCAAAGCCGCCAUCAGCAAAGACCCGUUCUACGAGAUGCUGGCUGCUCGGAAGAAGAAGGUCUCGUCUCUGAAGGGUCUGUAGAGCCGCGGAGGAUUAAUCAUGAGGUUUGACUGGAUGUGGACCUGAUUCUGCAGGGACACUUGGACCCGGCAGAUGAUUCAGCUCUUAAAGAAGCUCUUCCUUUGUCACAUGUUGAACCAACGCACCUUCAGUACGACAGCUCGUUCUCUCCAGGUUAGCCCUUUUGUGUUUAAAGUUUAAUUUCCCAUCUAGAGAAGAAAUGAUUCUGUUGUAGACUUUAUUUUUUUAUCCUCUUCCUGGCUGUAUUGAAACUCCUCUCACAGUCUGCUGUGUGACUGUCUGACCCCCUCAGAGCCUCUUUAUAACAGACUGUGUGUCUGCUGAGGUCAAAUGAGUCUCAAACAGGAGACGUUUUCACGAGGAGAGAAAAAGACAGCUGCUGAUGUUUGAUAAAAAUCUUCCUACACCUUUUCAAAGACACGUUACAUCAGAACAGGAGGAGGAUGAGGAGGAGAACCUGCUGAAUGAAUCACAUCGUACGUUAAUGUGAUUCAGAAAACAUCAGCUGGAAAACUAAUGUCAUCAUCUCAUCUGGACGCUGGACUUUAUUGUUGUUCUGUCUGAUUUGCCAGAAAAAAAAAGCUCUUUUUUCUAAGCCUGUUUUCUUACUGCUGUUGGUCUUUUUUGUCAAAGCACUGUUAAUGAAAAUGAAGGCGAUGCAUAAAAAGCUAAAUAUUUAUUUAUCCAGAUUUCUUGUAAUUUAUUGUUUUGUCUCAUUAAAAGUUUGC